UUUUUAACAUUCGUUGUACUUCAAAGUUACAAUAUAUUAUUACUAUAAUUGUUGUAAAAUACAAAUAAUUAAUUUUAUAAUUUUUCAUCAACUAUAACUAUAUUUGUAGAUCAACGUUUGGCGAUAUUGUCAAUAUGGGACACACUUGGUCGGAAUAUGUCGCUCCAGAGACGACCCCGUUACGAGACAAACCAUCUCAGUUUGAACCUCACUUUGGUUUUACGACAGAAAGACGAGAGAAAAAAAUGAUUGCUUCACUGGCAGAAAUGGAAUCUGCUAAAGUUCCGUUGGAUGCCAGAGACUUUUGUACACACAUGUUAUUGAAUUUAAGAGGUUGUAUCAGGGAUCACUUUCCAUUCAAUCACCAUUGUCAUCAUGAAAGAGAAGAAUAUUACGAAUGCCAAUAUCACGAUUAUUUGGAUCGUAUGAAGGACUAUGAAAGAGAAAAGCGAUUAUUACAAAGAAGACAUCAAUUGAGACAAGGAGGUGCACCAAACGCAGAAGAAGGCACAAUCAGUGCUUAAAUGGUAUUAAUAUCAUUUAAUAAUUUAGAGAAAUAUUGAAUAUUAUGAAGAAACACAUGCAAAUAUAUGAGCAAUAUGAAUCUUUAGAAUGUGGUAUAGAUAUUUUGUUCUGAUUAUAUGUUAUAUAAAAUAAUAAAUAAAACUCACUUUGUAUUGAUAUAAAUGAAA